AUGCAAUCGCUGGUUCCUUCGUCGGGAGCUUCUACUAUGAUCACAAGAUCUGGACAAUCCUCGCAGGAGUCUGAAAGAACUACUUCACAACAUGAAAAGCGUGGACACCAUCUCAUCAGUCAAGAUGACAACGACGACAUCAAGCCAUUCAGCUUUUCCAAAGUGCCUCCUCCAAAGAAGGAGAUCGACCAUGCGAGUUUCAAGGAAGCUGAACUGGCUGCGCGCAGUAUUCCCACAGAGAUAAUUUCUAUCAUCGAUCAAAGCUCGGUCAAACACGGCGACAUUGGUUUCAUCAAAGACAUGGCAGUAGCUGCUAUGUUUCCCAAAGCUUCUACUGGGGUGAAGCUCGGCUUGAAGGGCGACUCUGGCGUUGCCCCUACCCGGCUAGCAAUCUUGAAGGAAUGGGUCAAAGAUGUAUUCAUCUUCGAACAUUCCGACGCGCAGUUGGGGGACGACCACUUUGAGCAAGAGAAAAAGGCCUCCGACACGGCUAUCGAAGGGCUUUUUUCGCUCUUCUGUGAUCGUGAUGAAUGCCAGGACAGCGAUUUAAUUAAGGAAUUCCUCUCGACAUCGAAAAGCGAGGAUGAUGAGAGAACAAUCUCAACGUUAGCCGGUUGGACGGAAGAGUUGCUGAGCAGCUUGGAAGCUGUUUCAGGCAAGGUUUUUAUCAGCGGGAUCACGCCUCAGGACAUACAGGCUCAGAUUCGCCGGGUAUUUCACGACCAGCCAAUACUCGCAGACGAUGUUAUUCUGGUAGAUCUUCCAGGAGCACAAGAUACCAACCAGAUUCGCUCACAGGCCUCGAUGCGCUACCUAGAUGACGUUGACUACAUCGGAAUUGUUGCCAGAAGCGACCGCCUUCAGACAGACGACAACGUCCAAAAGUAUCUGCAGGAUGCUUUCCGCCGCAAGCAUGGAGCAAGUACUUUGGUAAUUGCUACCAACUCAGAUUCCGUGGACAUGAGUUCCACAUCCCUUGACGACAAGAUCAGUACGGCUGAUACUGUCCACGAAAUGAACUUGAUAACUUUACGAGAGAAGCUCCAUGCCACAUCGGUGGAGUACCAGCAAAUCACCCGUGAUUUGAAAAAGGAUCACGUCCGCCAGGACCGGAACCGCCUCAUCACUAUGCUAGAUCAGCAAUCUGAUCUUGAGUCACGGAAGAAUCUUCUUGAGGAAAAGCUUUUCGAAUACUGCGUUGAGAUGCGGAACGAGGAUACUUCUCAGAGUAUUCGUCAGAACUACCACGACUUAACGAAAGACCCGGUUCCGCUGCCAGUCUUUUGCGUUUCCAAUUUGGUGUACGCAAAGUACGUUAGCGGCAAUUACGAGCCUCCCAUGAUGGGCUUUGAGAGCACUAAUAUUCCAGCACUGCGAGCUUUCCUUUACGCGCUCCCAGCAUUCAGGAAGUUCAAAGCAUUUGAACACCAUCACCAGCACGUACUCCCAUCGCUCGUGAACCAUCUCGAAAUGAUUUGUUCACAGACCAAGGUCGAUAGUCAUGAAGAACUCCGGAAUAUCAUCCAGUCAGCAUCAGUAGAUGUGCCAAGUGACGUCACAAAGUCCUUCAAAUACUUCUUUGAUGAGGCCAUCUUACCUGUAAUCGCUAUCAUCAAGACCAACAAAGCUGCCUACGUUACAUACGCGACAGAUCAGCUUACGAAAUGGUCGAAUUGGCCAAGUCAGACUUUCAAGACAUUCUGUACCCAUCGGGGGAACUGGAGCACACCAAAGGUCGGAAAGCACGAUUGGAAUGAGGAAAUGCUGAAGCCCCUCAUUCAAGACGUCAAUAGUGAGGCGAAUGGCUGGGAGGAUGCCACGAGCAACCUUUCGGCGAAUAUCUCAUCCAAAUUGAGUACGAGAAUCACCGAGUUGAUUGGGAAGAUUCAAGGUCCUGAAGGCUCGUUGACGGACCCCAUGAAACUGUUUGUUGAGGAGCUUCAAAGGCAGCCAGCGCUUCUUGACCAAAUCUGCCAAGCGAGAGUCAAGAAGCUUCAGAGGGACCUCAUCGCCAUCAAAGAGAGGAUCACCAAUACUCAAGAUAUGGAGCAAUCUUACUUUGUAAAGCUUUUGGAGAAGACCUACGAUGACUGUGGUCGAAUUUUCGGUUUGUGCUCCCCAUCUUCGAGACAGGAAAUGGUAAGCAAGAUCUCGAAGGAAGUCCGCGGUCCCUUCUUAGAGAUGUGUGAAAACGCAAAUGAAGACGCUCAGAAGGUCAUCCAACGACAUGAGAGGAAACUUAUCCAAGAAGUCACCCACGUCUUCGAAAGUUUCAACCGGACGUUCGUGCAUGGCUUCAUGGCGGAAGGACUAGACACGCCCGAGUUGAAGCAGCUCCGGGAGAAGCUCCGUGCCGAAAUUCCGCAUUGGAGGGGAAUUCUCACCGGGAAGAUAAACCGCCAUCUGGAAGACUGCCGUGAAUAUGCAAAGAGCGGCUAG